AACUGUCGACUUGUAUCGUUAAAUAACAAAAUGUUUUUUUUAUGCAGCCGGUUCAGAAGUAUUCGUGAAAAAUCUACCAUUCUUCGUAUCGGAUGAAGAAAUGGUUGAAUUCUUCAGCAAAGUGGGAGUGGUCUACAGAAUCAAAAUCAUGAUGGAGGAAACGGGUGACAAGAACCGGGGCUUUUGCUACGUUACCUACAUGGAUUCCUCUAUGGCUAAAACGGCCAUCAGGGCAUUGAAAUACAUAGAAUUCCAAAAAGAUGUUUAUUUAGUCAUCGAAAAUUCUAUGAAUAAUUGCAGAAUUUUUAUGGGCGGUAUUCCUACCCACAAAACCAAAGAUGAAGUUUGGCAGGAGUUGUAUAAGAACGGGGUGAAGAACAUCGUCGAUGUUAUUAUGUAUAGGAGCUAUACUGAACGGUCUGAAAACAGAGGAUUCGUGUUCAUAGAAUUUCAAACUCACGAACAAGCCGCCCACUUCAGAGCCAAAUACCAUAACGCUCUAAAAUUAUGGGGUUUUCCAAUCAUCGUUGACUGGUCAAUACCGAUUCCAGAAGUUGAGGAUUCCAUCUUAAAAGAGGUAAAAAUUUUGUACUUAAGAAACCUUGACGUGACUAUGACGCCUCAAGAAGUGGAACAUUUGAUCUGGAGGUAUAUCCGUAGAGAGAAUAUUCAAAAAGUCUACAAAUUUAAAAAUUAUGCGUUUAUUCAUGUGAAGACUAGAGAACUGGCUGAGGGACUGAAGGACACCCUGAAAGGAUAUUUUAAAAAUACGCCCGUUGAAGUGGAAUGGGCCAAACCCACAUCUAAAUAUACAUCACCAGAUUAUAGACAAUUUCAAGUUAGAAAUUUAACAAAAAGCCGUUACAGAACCACGUCGACCUCUUCCAAUCGAUCACUCAACGAAGAAAGCAGUAUUUUUGAAUCGGAAAGUUCACGAAAAUUCAUUCCAUCGCCGCAAAGUUUACAAGAAAGACGAUCCUUAGACCGCUAUCGCUACAGCUGUAAAAAAUCGAUCCACCCUAUUUUUUUUUUUUUUUUUUUAAUGCAGGAAUCUCCAGGAAGCAGCAGUUCAAGUACCACUCCCACUAGUUCAAGUAAUGAACUUUCCCCUUCUGAUGGAGACAUUGUAAAAGGCACCGACGGACAAACAUCACACAGAUCGCCCUGGAAAUUACCAAGUCCAGUUCCUUGUUAUGCCGAGUUCUGUUCAACUCCAUCAAGCAGAAGUUCAACUCCGAAUUCACCGUUGAAUCCAAGAGGUUUAUUGAACAUGAAUGAUGUGAUGGGGUCUUCGUCAACUUACGAGAUCAACCGUCUGAAUCAAAUUUCUCGGUUUGAGAAUCUCAAUUUGAACCCGUCGCCUAAUUUUGAACUGCAAAAUUUAAACCAAAAUAGUUAUUAUACCAAUCCAGGAGCAGGAAGACAUGUUUACCUGCAAAUUUUGCAAAUUGACUGACAUAAAUCAUUGACGCCGAUAACGAAUAAUCAAGGACAGACUAUCUUUACUUUAAUUUUAUAAAAAACAUCUAAAAUUAUAUAUUUUUUGUUUUUGACAGAUAAUUAAUGAAAUGCAUCAUAUUUUUAUAAUUGUAAUUGAAUUUUAUCAAAUCCUGUGACAUAAUAUUUACUAUACCCUUAUAAUUUGGCUACCCUUAGCAUCAAUAUUUUUCAUUUCACUAUUUAUACAUCAUAAUUUUUUUUAACUGCACAUUUUCCAUUGUUUUUUUUGCUUAUUUUAUAAAAUCAAUGUAAA